CGUCCCUCCGCCCCCGCCCCGCGCCCCCUCGGCCGCCCCUCCCUCCGCAGCCACCACCCCGCAGCCCUGCCGCGGCCCCGCCAGCAGCAGCGCGGCGAGCGGGGCGCGGAGCGGCGGCGCCGGGGCGCGGAGUCCCAGCGGCGGCCGCAGCCCUCCGGCACGGCCCCGGGCCCAUCCCGGGAGCCGCCGCUAGGUGGGGGGGGGAGCCCGGCCCCGGCCGCCCCGGCCGCACAACAAUGACUUUGGGCAGCAGCGGCGGCGGCGGCUGCAGGAUCAUGUCCGAGCGCUCCCCGGAGGAAGAGCCGCUCUCCGAGGUGGAGGACGCGGAUAUCGACGUGGUGGGCCCGCCCCAGGAUGGGGGCAAGUACAGCGAGGACGAGGAGGAGGAGGAGGACGACGACGAGGAGGAGGACGACGAGGACGGCGGCGAUCCGCUGGGGCUCGCCCUGCCGCGGAGCGGGGCCGCCAAGGCGCGCAUGGGGGGGUCCCCGGAGCGGCUCUCCCCCGCCGGCGGCUCGGAGCCGGCGUGCGCCCGCGGCGCUGCGCCCGGAGAGAAGGCGCCCGCGGGCGGCGGCGGCGGCGCGGGGGGGAAGAACCCGCUGGUGAAGCCGCCCUACUCCUACAUCGCCCUCAUCACCAUGGCCAUCCUGCAGAGCCCCAAGAAGCGGCUGACGCUGAGCGAGAUCUGCGAGUUCAUCAGCGGGCGCUUUCCCUACUACCGGGAGAAGUUCCCCGCCUGGCAGAACAGCAUCCGCCACAACCUCUCCCUCAACGACUGCUUCGUCAAGAUCCCCCGGGAGCCCGGCAACCCGGGCAAGGGCAACUACUGGACGCUGGACCCCGAGUCCGCCGACAUGUUCGACAACGGGAGCUUCCUGCGCCGGAGGAAGCGCUUCAAGCGGCAGCAGCAGCUGCACCCGCCGCACCCCGAGCUGCUGCUGCGGGCCGGGGCCGCCGACCCCGCCGCCUUCCUGCCCGGCUUCGCCUACGGACCCUACGGCUACAACUACGGCCUGCAGCUCCAGGUACCCCCACCACCACCACCACCCCGGCGGCGGAGGCGGCGGCGCGCGGGCGCCUUCCCCUUCCCGGCGCCGCACUGCCCGUUACCGGCUCCGCCGCCUCCCGCCGCCGCCUCCGUCUUCUCCGCCGCCUCGGGGCUGCCCUCCUUCCUGGGCGGCGAGCUGAACUGCAGGAAGUCCUUCUACCACCCCCAGCUGAGCCCCACCGCCCUGCCCGCCGCCCUCCUCCAGACCCUGAAGCCGGACCCCACGCCCGGCGGUGGCAGCGGCGGCAGCACCAACCACCCCUCCCGGCCCUCUUUUUCCAUAGACAACAUCAUCGGGGGGGCCGUGCCCCCGCCGCCCAGCACCAACCCCAGCGCCGCGCCCGCCGCGCCCUACCCCGCCGGCCAGGCUGGCCCCCCGGCGCAGGUCCUGGCCGUGCUCAGCCCCGCCUUGGCCCCGGCACAGCCCCAGGUCAGCCUGGCACACGAGCCGCUCCUGCAGCCGGCCCAGAACUUUUCCAGUAAAAUCACAACCCUGAGCAGCUGUCAUUUUUAAAGUGUGCUGAGGGGUGGGGGGUGGGGGGGGAAGAGUCGCGAAGCAAACGGCCCCUUCCCAGCUCUCCCCCCCCUCCUCCGAAACUGCUCCCCUUCCCUCUCCCCGUCCCCCCCAUCUCCUCCUGUUGUGUUUUAAGGUAGGAAAUAUUUUUUUUAAUUUUUACUUUAUUUUCAGGAUCUGUGGCAUUCAGAUCUGUUUGUGUCUCUUU